AUGGCAGGAACAGGAGUUCCGCCAAUCAAUAUCGAGGGCACCGCUGAUUGGUCAUCCUUAAGCAGGAUGAUGAACAGCAAGGGGAUUCAAUUCUCCAAGGCGAGGACGGCUGGUAACAGUGUGAAGGUCUUCACAAAUACACCAGCUGACUACCGUCAGCUAGUCGCACUGCUGGAAUCCAUCAAGCGGCCCUUCUUCACCUAUCAACUGAAGGAGGACAGGAUGGACCAGAGGGUCAUUCGUGGGCUACCCAGGGAGAUGUCAGUCAAUGACAUCAAAGAGGAUCUAGUGAGCCAAGGCAUCGCAGACGCCGAGGUUCAGCAGAUGACCUCAAGGACCACCAAGAAGCCGCUUCCGCUCUUCCUCGUCAAGACGAAGAUGCCGGAAAAGCUUGCAGAUAUCCAGAGGCUGGCCAUGCUCACGGUCAGCUUCGAGAGGAAGAAAAAGCCUUCCGAGCCCAGCCAAUGUUACCGCUGCCAGCGGUACGGGCACACACAGCGGAACUGCCGUCUCGCUGAACGCAUCAGGAAAUUGCCCCAGAGACCGUCGAAAUCAUUACAUAAAGAAGCUCUACAAUUGUUAAAACAACCUGAAGUCACCAGACAAGAGACAAGGAACGAUUCCGAUUUAGAUGCAAGUGCGUCAACAUCAGAAUCCGAAUGGAAUGAUUCGAACAUUGAAGGUGACGUACAAGAUGUUUGUUACUAGAAGUAAAGCAAAUUUUUUAUAAAAGAAAUGUUUGAUAAAUAAA